AUGAAUGGCAGGGCUCUGGUGGCCAGAACCUUCCGAAGCCUUGCGGGCAUGCCCAAAUCUCCAGCAGAGCCAGAAGCCCUGCCCAACAGCCCAGGGAGGCCCGAGUCCUCAUACCCUAGCUUGGCCUACACCCCAACACGCUCUGCACCUAAAAACAGGGCUGGCCUCCAUGAUUGCCCACAUCAACUCGGCUCUGCAAUCUUUUGUUUCCAGAGCUCUGUUUCCAAACAAGAUUCCCUCCCCGAGUCUCUCCCCCUGACCCUGCGGUCUUAUCUCAGACCUUCGGUCACCUGUGAUCUGAGAAAUUCCUCUGAAGUCACUUCCAUGAGCCUUCAUCCUGGUUGGCUCUGA